AUGACGACAAUAAUCUAUGAUAGAUAUUACCGUUUUCAGGUAACAUCCAAUAUCGGUUUAUUGUUGGUCUUGUUGUUGUUAUCGAUAGUUCUCUUGCUACUUCCAACAACUUGUCACUCACAACCAGUUCCAACAACAGAAAUAACCUUUGCAAAUGAUAUAGUCGAUAGUUCUUGUACUUUUAGUUUCUGUUCGGGUGAAGGAGGUCCAUGUGACUGUAUCUAUCCAUUUAGUGGAUUUAAAUGUUUUAUACCAUUAGUUUGUAUUAAUGGAACUUGUACAAGUGUAAAGAGUGAAAAUACUACAUGUUCUGUAAACAAUGAUUGCAAUGAAUUAUUGGGUGAAUAUUGUGUUUUGGAGGUUGAUGGAAUAAAGCGAUGUCAAACUGCAUUCUAUGCUGGAUAUGGAGAGAAUUGUACACAAAACUAUCAAUGCUAUUUGGGUAUGAUUUGUCCAAAUGGAACUUGUACUACUCCUCCCGGUGGAUGUUACAGCCAAGAACAAUGUCCAAGAGACCAAGCGUGUACCUCUGAUGGCAGAUGUGUACCAGUCACCUUUGCACCUGGUGAAUGCAACUCUUUGAAUACUCUGUCUGAAUGUUUUGGAUUCUGUGUUCCAAAAUAUCGCGAUUCCUACAUUGGUGUCUGUAAUCUGACAACCUAUGUUGGAGAUAUUUGUGUAGUCAACAAGAUAUCAUGUAAUCCAUCAUUACUCCAAUACUGCAAACAAGAUUGGGUCGGUAGUGCAAUGGGAACUUGUCAAACUAGACCUUCAACCUCUUUCAACACUUGUUUCCAAAUGUCUGAUUGUAGUCCAUGGGAAUAUUGUCGAUGUGAUGCUUUCUCAUCAGUUGGUUAUUGUUCACCAACAAGUGAACUAUUAGGAAAAUAUUGUUUAAGUUCUUUAGGUUUUUUCUAUACAUGUGCACAUGAAAACGAUUGUAAUCCAGAUAUGGCAUCACAUCCACUAUCUUGUUCAUACGAGAAAUGUCAGGAUUUUGUUAGAUGUGUUAAGAAUUUUUGUGUCGAUCCACUUUUAUCCAAAGAUGUAUGUGUACAACAGACAUGUGAUUUAACGAAACCAAUCGAAUUGUUAGUGGCUGGCAUUGAAAUCGAGGAUUCACAAGAUGAAUUACAGAAAAUGUAUCAACAAGUAAUCGAUCAAGGAAUAGUUGACACCAAGCCAGCACAAGCAAGAUAUUUCGAUACCUAUCAUAGAGAUGGUCUAGAACAAUUCUAUCAAUUCAUCAGAGACAGUAAAGAUGAAAUUAGAAAAAGAAAUUUAUUAAAAGAAAUUAAAAAUAUUAAAAAAAGUUAA